UCGGUCGAUGAAGUUGUCAUUUUUUGUACAAUCUGUUUAUCUGUUAUUAUCAUAUAACAAAUUUCUAGAAGUGGGGGGUUUGAAUGGUCUUCUGGAAGUAUGUCUGAAAAGGAAUUAGAAGAGGUGCAAAACCAGCCUGAUGAUAAUCAGAAUGAAUCAGAACUUGAAGAUUCCAGCGAUACAAAGAAGAGAAGGACAACAACACCGAUUCCUACGCCGUCAAGUAAUGCUGACUUUCUUGCGGUGCCCGCUUCCCCACCCAAGUUCAUCAGCUUUCAAGACCUAAUGACCGCGACGAAAGGGGUAAGAAACAUGACCUUGGCUCAUGAAAUAGCCGUCGAUAAUGAUUUCAAACUUGAAAAGUACGAACCACAAGCACAGAGUGUGGAAAAACGCGUCCACGAUAUAAUGCACCAAGCUUUUUGGGAUUUGCUGCAAGAACAAUUGAAUGCGGAUCCACCAGAUUACACGCCAGCUUUGAAUCUUUUGGGAGAAGUGAAGGAGAAGCUGUUGUCGUUGUUGUUACCUCAGCAUGUACGACUCCGGGCUCAGAUUGAGGAGGUGCUGGAUAUGGAACUUAUCAAGCAGAAAAUGGAGAAAGAUGCUUUUGACAUUCAUUACUACUCUGGUUACGUAAUAGACACCAUGGCGAAACUCUGUGCCCCCAUCAGGGAUGAAAACAUUCAGAAAUUGCGCACAGUCACCGAAGUUGUUCCACUUUUCAAGGAAAUCUUUCAGCUGCUAGAGAUGAUGGGGAUGGACAUGGCGAACUACACCAUUCAGCAAAUGCGUCCGUACAUUCAGCAGCAAUCGGUGGAGUACGAGCGGAAAAAAUUUCAAGAUCUUUUGGAAGUUCAAAAACAAAAUGGGCGUGAUGGAUUGCAAUUUACCAAGCUUUGGUUAAGUCGGAAUUUGAAAAAAUUACAGGAAAGCUCUAGUAGUUUGGGGGCUGCAGCUGCGUCUUCUAUUACACCAGUGACGGUGUUGAAUGAGGCCUACAUGGAGCUGCUAAACUGGGAUGACAAGGAGACAUUUCCGGAGACACUGCUGAUGGACCAAAAUAGAUUCCUGGAACUCAGAGAUAAAACGAAGAGACUAACACUGAUAUCUGCUGUUCUGCUGCUGACUUAUCAUACUGUGGGCACACCCAUUGUAGGCGUACAGGCACUCAAACAGACUCUUCAAUCUCGUAUAAAUGUUCUUCUAGACGGCGUGCAGCCAACGGAGCUCAAGGAAAAGAUGGCCCACGUGGCAGAGGAAGUGAACAAAGUGGUCGGCGAGACGCUGCGAGAGCUCGGAUUCCAAGACAGGGAGAAAUCCAAAGAGGAUAAUCUCAAGGGCCAAAUUGUACAGGUUUUAGAUGAAAGCCACACAGUUCAUCAAGUCAUCAGAUCAAGAGUCCAUCAGUUUAUUUACCAGACCAGUUUUUCCUCUCACUCUGAGCCAAAGAAGAUUCCUCAAGGAUUGUCCACGGUGCAGAAGGAUCUCGUCCAAGUCUGUGGUCAGUUCCUACGACUCAUCGCCCACAAUCGCUCUGUCUUCUCAAUCUGGUACAGCAGCAUCAUUGAGCAUCUUCUUGAGUACAAGUAACACAAGGGCAAAGAAGCUGAACAUCCAAGGUUUUAUCACAGAUUGACUGCUGACUCACAUGAUGCAUAUUUUGAACGAACAAUUUUAUACCAAAUUAAUUAUUGUUACACUCAUAAUGCUAUGCAUGACGCUUGAAUCUGUCUGUCACUCAGCAAGACUAGUGUGUGUUUGUUAUUAUUGGAUUAGAUAUUUGUGAAUUCUCUUCAUACCGUUGUUGUGGGGAGUUAGUUACAUUAGUUUAGUUAAAUAGUGUAAGCUUGUAUUAGACUUCAGUUAGUUAAAAUAAUAAUAUUAUUAUGAUGUUGACUAAUAUUGUGAUAUUGACUAAUAUGCACUGUAUCAUAUAUUGGUACUUAGAUUAUUAAUAAUUUUUUGCCAAGUUUUUGAGCCAAGACAGUAUAUUACAUGUACAUUACAUGGCAUUACUUCACGUUACAGA